CAACAAAAGCAGCAGGAUCCGGAUCUUGCCUGGCUUGUGUCGGUGCACGCCCUGUGACCCUUGUUGGGCAUCCGCCUUGAGAGUGUUGGCUACAAUCCCUCCCUCGGGCGGAGAAAGCCAUGUCUCGGGCUGACACAAUUUUGUCGGGGUCCGUUGCGGCACCGUCCCAGAGCGGAGUCCGCAGCAUGCAAACAACUCACAGAACAACGUUGAUGCUUCGAGCCAAGGUCGUUGUUGUCGGAGACGCUUGCGUGGGGAAAACGUCGGUGGUGCAGAUGUUCAAGAGUGGCGGCCACGACUACCCAAAGAACUACAUCAUGACCAUUGGGGUAGACUUUGGAGUGAAGCAGGUGAAAGUUCCCGAGACGGACUGCGUGGUAGAGCUGUUUCUGUUCGAUUGCCCUGGACAAGGAGUUUUCAACAAGCUUGAACAGGGGGCGGCAUACUACGAGAACGCAGCGUUUGUGUGUGUGGUAUUCGACGUGAGCAACAGGGAUUCCUUUGAAAGCUGUGGGCGGUGGCUGCAGGGAGUACGAGCGGCCCUGCCAUCCAAGUCGGCACCCCUCCCGGGGGUUGUAAUCGCUAACAAGUCAGACUUGAGGGAAGGAGGGAUAAAUGCCAGGGCCGUCGUCGGAACCGAGGCAAGAGGGGCGACUAUUCGCCCUUCAGAAUGGCCUAGACUACUUCGAAACGUCUGCAGCGGGGGCGAAAGGUAUCGAUGCGCCGUUUCACCAUAUGGCGACAAGGUUCCACGAAACCUACGAGAAGACCAUUGAGGGGGCGGAGGGCGAGGGUGGGCUUCCUUGAAGGACCACCUCGCUUUUGAACUGGACUGAAGCAAGGGCUCCUGUGCUGGGUCAUACUAUGGUGCACAUCCCAAAUUCGCUUGUUUAGCGGUUGAGUUAAAUCGAAAACCAAGCACUGCUAAGUCCUGAGCACUGCGGCACCACGAUUUGGGGCUUUGAAUGAUCAAGAACAGCACCUACUGUAGGACGACGCCGAAACUCAUGCGAAAGGGAGCAAGAUUUUCUAGUAUUCAGCAAGCGACUGGUGGUAGCGCAUGUAGCGAUCGAUAUCCUAUACCUUGGACAAUACUACUGUAAACC